GAGGAAUGGUAUUGUUUUAUAUUUGCAGAGAAAAUUAUGAAUGCGGGAAUUUUUCUUUUCGUGGAUGAGUGGAUAAGUUCUUGUGGCAGGCGGCCCCAGUGCAAUACCUGGCGAACUGAAAGUAUUGUAUGAAAUAAGGUAGCAUGAAAGAGUAAUUGAUGCGAUAAAAAGGUGUGGAGCAGAAUUGAAUGAGCGCCGAAAAGAACAGAGCAAAAAUUCCUACAUUGGCAAAGACUUUCGCAUUUUGCUUUCAAAACUCUUGCGCUGGAAGAACAAUAAAAAUUGCACAAAGUGCAUUCGGUAGCUUGCGUAGCAGAAGGAAGUUUAAUCGUUAAAUUGCAUGCGAACAAGUCUUUAUAAAAAUACAAAAGAAAUAUAAAGAUUGCCGAUUGUAAGCAGAUGAAAUCUUCUAUAGUCAAGGGGUACGAGAACUCAAUCUAGUGUGCGUAUGUGGAGAAAGUGGCGGUGGAGCGGGUGCACGUACCAUUGUUUUUGUGUAGUGUUAGUGUCAAAGUGUUUAUUUUUGGAUAAAAUAUAAAUAUAAAAAAGAAACGAAAAUGCCAAAUACCGAAAGCAUUAACUUAGCCUUGCCUGAAAUUUAGCUAGUAAAGGAGAAACAUAAGGCAACGAACUUAUGAAGUGAACUCAACCAACAAAUAUCACAAUCGAAAUUUAGUGAGUUUCGUGAUAUAUAAAUUGGCAUUUUUCUGAAAGAAAGAUAAGGCUCUCUCAAGUGUAAAAGGAAGUGGUGAAUCUGCAAUGGCAACGGAGAAGUUACGCAUAACAUUAAACAACCCGGAAAAAGUAUAUUCUGCGGGCGAAACAAUAAAAGGCGAAAUCUCUUUAAAUCUAACCAAGCGCACAAAAAUACGUGCUAUAAAAGUGCAAAUUACUGGCAAAGGCAAAUGCAAAUGGAUAGAAAUAUUACGUAAAAAUUCCAACAAUGAAUCAGCGCGAAGUCUCUUCUACUCCAGCAAAGAAAUUUACGCACACAAUGAGCACACACUGCCCGUCUUUGAGCCGCGCGGCAUUGAAUUGAAUCCCGGUGAACAUAAUUUCGAAUUUACUGUACCACUCGAUUACAAUCUACCAUCUAGUUUUAAAGGUAGUUACGGUUCCAUAAAGUAUAAAUUGCGUAUAGUCAUCCAAAGGCCAUGGACUUUCGACGAACGUCACAUUAUACCGCUAACUGUGCUGAAGCAUAUGCCGCUUUCACCGUGUUAUCGUUCGAAUCCCACCUCAUUGGAAAAACAAAUUACCAAAACAAUUAGUCUAUUUGGUACACGUCCCAUAACAAUGCUGGCAUUGUUGCCGGAAGAUUCAGCGGUACGUGGUGAACCUUUGCGUAUUUGUGUCACUGUCACCAAUAACAGUACGACAAAUGUGGAGAAACUACGAUUCAGUGUGCUACAGUAUAUCUGGUAUUACAGUCAUGUACCGUUACGUGUGCAAAAAAUGGAAUGCGUACCACUAGUCAAUAAAGAGACUGGUGCAGUGCAUAAGAAGAGUGAACGUUCCUUUGCACAUGAGCUAAUGAUACCGCCUACGACCCAACCGUCCGAUGAUGAGCUAAGCGGUGUUAUAAAUAUAUCAUAUGAGUUGUGUGUGGAAGCGGUGCUACGUGGCUUUUUUAAGAAUCUCAUACUUAAUUUACCCUUUAAGAUGUAUUCGAGUGGGGCUGUACUUAAUAAUUUAUCUGGUGGUCCACCAAGACCGCCACCUCGAUAUGGCAAUCGUAAUAGUGUUAACAUUGGCAUGGUAGCGAAUGUCACAAUGAACGGUGCGGGCAAUCCAUUUGAGAAUAGCGCUACACCAUUGAGUAUUGCAACUUAUCCUUCACUUGAUUCAUCCAUCGGCUCGCCAUCGCACUCCUCACAAUAUAGCGAAUACAGUUCAUUACGUUCAGUUAAUUCCGAUUCUUCUGCGGCAAGUCCUGCCUUAGCGGGAGAUAUUUCAUAUGUCUCUGGCAUAUCCUCCAACUCCUCUACGACGACAUUAAGUCCGGCUUUGGCUGGUGAUCUUUCAUAUGAAUCUUGCGCAUCACCACAAUUUAAUAGUCCUUCGGCGCGUGCUAGUCUGCGCAGUUCAACGGUGCCCUAUGUUAUGUAUCCACCGAGUAGUAGUCCACUCAUGAUCAACUCUUAUCCGCCAGCACAAGUACCAACAUAUCCGUCAUUAUCGGAAUCACCUGGUUAUUCGCUGAUGCGUUUAGCCGAAGACGUAUUACCUCCACCGCCCAUCACACCGCCCUCAGGGUCGACAGUGGGCACAUUAGCGCGCCAGGAAUCUUCUACAUCAGCCACUACGGCAGCAGCGCGUUCGUCGUUUUUGCAUGGAAUGCAGCCGCCAGGAGCGCAUGAACUGCCACCAUCUUAUGAAGAACUUUUCGGCUCCGCCACUGCACCACCUGAAACACCGAAAUGAUACUGCAACUACUUCCAGAUAUAAAAUACUUUAACUAAUAAUUCACUAAACACCACUACGGCGCCAAAAGUUACUAGACCCACCCAGGAAAGAGUAGAGUAUGGACCUGCUGGGCACUCCUCUUGUUCUAAAUGAAAAAUCAUAAACAUUACACUAAAUAUUAAAAAAAAUUAGACUGUUUGAUUCAUUUUGGUCGCAAAAUUUACAGAAACAUACACGAACCUACUCAUACAUAUAUACAUUUAGUGUUAACAUAUUUUCUUUAUAUAGCAUAUAAAUAAAUAAAAUUGAAUUUGUAUGUACGAUUCGAUGCUAGCACUUAAGGCAAAGCCUUUAUAGUUUUAGGGCAUUACCAUUGACUAAGCAAUGCUUUUUACACACUAUUACAGCACGAUAAAAUCUCAUUUUUUGUGGCUUGAAGCUUGAUAUCAUAGUAUUUAGCCAGUAAGUUAGUUAUACGUAUCGACAAAAAUGUCAUGCAUACAUACAUACAUAUAUAUAUGUAUUACGGAUUGUUUAAUAUAAUUCCUAAAACCAUAAAAUAUUAAAUGCAAAAAUGAUGUUGAUGAAAACAUGUUAAAUUGAAAUUAGAUUCAAAUUUAAAACGAAAUUGAUACAAAUUAUAUGUGUACAUAAGAAAUAGCGCUUGGAUUACAGCAACAUUGACAUAUGAAAAAGUAAGCAAUAAAUAAACUACAUUCAUGGAGAAUAAUAAUUAUCUAUUGUUAAUUAAAAAUAAAUAAUUACUUUACUAAAUAUGUAAAAUAGCACAAAUAUGCAACUGACGUGCACGAAGGCAAAACGAAACUGAAAUUCCUACGCAUAGCAAACGUAAAAGUUAAGUCAAUAAAUAU